AUGGCGGCGGCGGCGGAGGAGGCCCGGCUGCUGGCGUGGCUGCGCGGCCCGGCGGCGGCGGGGCCCGGCGGCCCUGAGCUCUCCGCUUACGUGGCCGAGCUGGCGGCGCUGGGGCUGGCGGAGCUGGGCCGGGAGCCGGCGCGGUUGGCGGCGGAGCGGGCGCGGGUCGGGGCGGAGACGCGCCGUUUGGCCUUCGAGCAUUACCGGGCCUUCAUUCGGUCCGCUGAGUGCACCGGCCGCGCCGGCCGCGGCUUCGGCGGCAUCGAGAGCCGGCUCGGUAGUCUGCUGGGUCGCCUGCCUGCAUUGCAGGAUGCCUGCCGGAACUUCAUGCACGAUGCUGAGCAGAUCGCCUGCAGCCGGCGCAUGAACAGCCUGACACUGAACCGGCACACGGAGAUCCUGGAGAUCUUGGAGAUCCCACAGCUCAUGGACACCUGCGUCCGCAAUGGCUACUACGAGGAGGCGCUGGAGCUCGCUGCCUAUGUGCGCCGGCUGGAGAGGAAGCACAGCAGCAUCCCUGUCAUCCAGAGCAUUGUGGAGGAGGUGCGCCAGUCCACCCAGCUGAUGCUGAACCAGCUCAUCCAGCAGCUCCGCACCAACAUCCAGCUGCCCGCCUGCCUGCGGGUCAUCGGCUACCUGCGCCGCAUGGACGUCUUCACGGAGGCUGAGCUGCGCAUCAAGUUCCUGCAGGCACGGGAUGCCUGGCUGCACUCCAUCCAGGCCUCCAUCCCUGACGAUGACCCCUACUUCCACAUCACCAAGACCAUCGAGACCUGCCGUGUCCACCUCUUUGAUAUCGUCACUCAGUAUCGUGCCAUAUUCUCUGACGAGGAGCCACUCCUGCCCUCUGAGGGGCAGACCGUAAACGAAGGGGCCAUCUUUCAUGGCUGGGUGCUGCAGAAGGUUUCUGAGUUCCUGCAGACGCUGGAGCAGGAUCUACAGCGUGGGGUGGGCGGCCGCCUGGACUCGCUGCUGGGGCAGUGCAUGUACUUCGGCCUCUCCUUCAGCAGGGUGGGGGCUGAUUUCCGUGGGCAGCUAGCUCCCCUCUUCCAGCAUGUGGCUGCUGCCGCGUUCAAGAAGGCAGUGGACGAGGCAGUGGAGAAGUUCCGGGAGGAGAUGAAUUCCUACACACUCAUCUCCGCUCCAGCUGUCCUGGGGGGCAGUGCUGGGGUGCCAGUGCCUGUGGCCCAGCCAGGGACUCUGCAGCCACCCAUGGUGCUGCUGGACUUCCCACCUCUUGCCUGCUUCCUCAAUGGCCUCCUUGUUGCCUUCAAUGAUCUACGGCUCUGCUGCCCCGUCGCCUUGGCCCAGGAUGUCACCUCUCGCCUGGAGGAUGCGUUGGGUGAGGUUACGAAAACCAUCCUUAUCUUCCACCGUGCAGAAGAAGCAGCUUUCAGUGCCCGGGAGCAGGAGCUCUUUGCCCAGUUCUGCACAGCCUUCCUGGAAGACCUCCUGCCUUACCUGAACCGUUGCCUCCAGGUCCUCUUUCCCCCAGCACAGAUUGCGCAGGCACUGGGCAUCCCUCCCACCCAACUGCAGCGCCUUGGCUGCCUGGGCCGCAUCGAUGUGGAUGCCCUCAGGGAGCCGUUGGCUUUCCUUCUGCCAGCACUAAGUGAGGAAGAGCCAGCCCAGGAGAGCCCCGCACACCCCCAGCAGGAAGAGGAGUCUGUGCCUGGGGACCCCCUGCCUGUGGGGGACGUCCCAGAGAGGGCUCAACUGCCAGACAUCCCACCGGCCACAGGGGGUGAAGUGGCCCCAGCCCCCUGCCUGCCUACUUCUGUCCGCACGCUGCCUGCACCGCGCAGCCCCGCAAAAGCUGCUUCCUGCUUCCGCGGGGUGCUGAGCGUCCUCCCGGCCGCCAGGUGCCGCCCUUUCCACCUGUGGCGCUUCGCGAGGCCACCGUGCGGGUCCGCGGCGGGCUGGGGCGAGCGAGAGCGCUCGUACUGGCGGGCGCUGCGGCGGAGGGUGUUGGGUCCGGCCGCGCCGCCCUUCGCAGCCCCCUGUCAGGUGGGAGCCCCGGUGCUGCGGGCCGCCGCCGCCGCGGUGGACACGGAGCAGCUGGGUGGCCCUGCGCUGCGGGAGUUGGCGGCAGCGCUGGCCCAGGGACUGCGGCGGCUGCCGUGCCUGGGGCUGAGCGCCCCUCAACUGGGGGUACCGCUGCGGGUCUUUGCCGCUGAGCUGUCUGCCGAGCGCUGCCGCCAGUACCCGCCAGAGCUCCGCCGCGCACACUGCAUCGAGCCCUUCCCACUCCGCCUGCUCGUCAACCCCACGCUCCGUAUCCUCGACAGCCGUUUCGUCACUGCUCCCGAGGGCUGUGUCAGCCUCAAGGGCUUCUCUGCUUAUGUCCCACGACACUGGGCUGUCCACGUCUCUGGUGUGAAUGAGCACGGGGAGCCAGUGAGCUGGGAGGCAACGGGCUGGGCUGCCCGCAUCAUCCAGCAUGAGAUGGAUCAUCUGGAUGGGGUCCUCUACAUCGACCGCAUGGACACCCGCACCUUCACCAACGUCUCCUGGAUGCAGCUUCUGGACUGACACCUGGCUGCUGGCUGUCCCAGUGCCUCUGGCUCACCAGGGCAAGAGCUGUGGUGGGAGCACUGGGGACUCUUCCAGCGUGGUGCUGGGCACCCUCCCACCCCAAAAGAAGCAGCAUGGAGCCAUGGCACUGGAGGCCCCCACUCAGCUUUAUUGCAGCCAGUACACACUCUGAGGACUUGGUGCAGCUCUUGGCCCUUCUUGCUCCACGCUUCCUGGUUUGGGGUGGCUGGAGCAUGGAGAGCCCCAAACCCCACCCUGGGACAGCAGCACCUCAGUGUGUUACCAGGGGGCUCGGGGGAUGCAGACUGAACCCACCUGGUAUGAUCAGAGCCUCAGGGAGGGGGCCUGGUGCUGGCUGAAGCUUUUGGAUUGUUUUUAUUUUCAUAUAAACCAGACAGAACCCAAAGCAGCAUUAAUUUAAAAAAUAAAAAAGGAGCAGGAAGAAGAGUGGGUUGCACCCUGGCGGGGGAGGGAGGGAAGAAGCGCCCA